GCGCCGCGCCGAAGCCUCAUCGCUUCUGCGCGGUCUCCGCGCGGUUCCGGGGUCUAGAUUUUUGGUUCUUUUUUCCCCAAAGAAACAGCCUCGGAGCCGGAGCGGCCGCCCCCCAAAACCCACAGGACACCUGGCCUCGGGUCAUUGGCAAAAUCCCCAAUUUUUCCGGCAAGGGGGUGAUCAAGGCGACAUUUAGGGCUGGAAAGGGUGGGGUGGUGACGGUUCUGGUCCAGUGCUGCAGGCGAGGACGUUCCAACUCAGAGGCGUGGACUAGAGCUCGCUGUUGUGGCUGUGCUGGCGCCGGGAUUCGAACCCGUGCUGAGCCCAACUCUGAACCCUGAGGUCCUGUGGAGCUAAAAUGACCCACUCUUUGGUUUGUGCAGACACCGUGAGCAGGGUGAGUUCGGUUCUGAAUCGCAACACCCGGCAGUUUGGAAAGAAGCACCUGUUCGACCAGGACGAGGAGACGUGCUGGAACUCAGACCAGGGCCCCUCCCAGUGGGUGAUACUAGAGUUUCCUCAGCGAAUCCGUGUCUCCCAGCUGCAGAUCCAGUUCCAGGGGGGUUUCUCCAGUCGCCGGGGCUGCCUAGAAGGUUCUCAGAGGAGUGAGGCUCUCAAUAAGAUUGUGGACUUCUACCCUGAAGACAACAACUCCAUUCAGACCUUUCCUGUACCGGCUGCUGAAGUGGACCAGCUAAAGGUAACAUUUGAGGACCCCACUGACUUUUUUGGCCGUGUGGUCAUCUACCACCUGAGAGUGCUGGGGGAGAAGGUGUGA